AUGAUUCCGGUCGUUUUUCUCGUUUCCGUCGUUUUGAUUCAACUCGCUUUGAGUGCAAUAUGCAGCAAGAAGAAGACCAUGACCGUGAACUCGCCUAGCAAGCACACCGAGAAGAGCCCCAAGUCCCCGGCGUCGGUGCCGCCGGCGGUAAGUCUGCAGCCGAAUUUUAUUAGCAUUUUCGCAAAGUGCCCAGACAUUUUUUUGCUUUCGCACUGUGCAUCUUGAAUUUUUGUCGCCAACGCACUGUGCAUUUUUUUGACUUUGCGCACCGUGCAAACCUCAAAAAGCCGAUUGCACUGUGCACAUUUUGAGCGACCGCCGCGGCACAGGCUUACGUCGCAGCGACAUUUCAAAUGCACAGUGCAAAACCAAAAAUGAAAUGCACGGUGCAAGACGAGGGUUGAUGACUUUUUUGCAGACAUGGCAGGGGGGCCGGGCCGGGCCCAACGUCUCGGGGGCCGGGCCGUGGGGCCUGGGUUUGGUUUUCGGGCCGGGCCGUGGGGCCUGAAAAAAUUUGGGCCCGGCCCCUUCAAAAAAAAUUUUUUUUUAUUUUUUGUCUUGCAACGAAAAAUUGGGGUGCCAAUUUUUUUGGCAUUCUGUUUUGAGCAAAAAAUUUUUUGUUUUUUGAAGGAAAAGCGGCUUGUAAGACAGGAAAACCUCAUUUACUACUCAGAACCUUGCUGGCAAUGACAAAAUACAUCGAAAAAGUUUUUAAAAGUUAACUGUUAGUCAAAUUUGAACAGUGUUUCACUAUUUUUCGACUAAUUUUGUCUAAAAUAUUUUUUCAUUACAAAUCCAUGACCUUCCAUUGGCUUAAACCUGUAUAUUCAUAAGGAUAUUGGUAUAUUCUUUGUUAUAAAUGGGUAACCGGCUCAAUUUAUGACCAAUAAUGAUCAAUAAUUGGAGAAUGUUUAUCCAGAUGUCAUGGGUAAUAUAAUUUACCCUCUCAAAUGCUUUACAUCGGUUUUUCCUGGAGUCUGGAUAUGGAUUUGGCAAUCAAAUGGACUGUCUGAUGUUUUCAAUUUACUUCCACGACCUUCUUACUUGUGAUUCAGUUUUCCAUCUUCCAAAAAAUCAUUGAAAAUCUCAAAAAUGUUAAAAAACAUAACUAUUAUUUUUAAAUCGUCAAUCUUCUUGUGUUUCUGGUAUUCUUAUUACAUUUCCAACAUGUCAACACUUUUUACGCCGCUCAAUUCUUCCUAGCGCGGACGAAAUCAUCAUGGAUAAUAUCGGGGAAAACUCGGGAAAUCGUCAAAAAAUUAAUUUAUUCCCGCCAUUUUGGCAAUAUUUUGGCAUUGUGUUUUCGGCCAUAUUUGACCCCUUAUUGUUAGGGCAAAAACUAACGUCAUAACUCAUAAGGCUCGCAGUACUCGAUUUAGUAGAAAUACUUUUUAAAAGUCAAGAAUCGGUCAAUUUAUGCUUGAGAUAUGGUUUCCAAAAUGUGCCCAGUAGUUACUAUAGGGUUGAAAACCCGAUUUUGAAGGUUCAAAAGAGAAGUUUUGGCAAACUAUAAUCUCCAGUAACUUUGGUAGCGGUUGAUGGAUUUGGAUGAAACUUGGCGGAAUUAUGUUUCACGACAUGCAGAUUCUCUGUGCAAAUUUUAAAAUCUUUCUGUCCACGAUACUAUGAAUUACCGUAGUAAAUGGAUUACUGUAGAAAAAUCAAAACUUUAAUUUUUAGUGGAAAAUGUCCAGCAGUCCUUGGGGAAUGAGAAUAUGUGCGACUUAGAACUAUUUCGGAAGCUUGAUAUUAAUUUUUUGACGAUUUUCCGAGUUUUCCCCGAUAUUAUCCAUGAUGAUUUCGUCCGCGCUAGGAAGAAUUGAGCGGCGUAAAAAGUGUUGACAUGUUGGAAAUGUAAUAAGAAUACCAGAAACACAAGAAGAUUGACGAUUUAAAAAUAAUAGUUAUGUUUUUUAACAUUUUUGAGAUUUUCAAUGAUUUUUUGGAAGAUGGAAAACUGAAUCACAAGUAAGAAGGUCGUGGAAGUAAAUUGAAAACAUCAGACAGUCCAUUUGAUUGCCAAAUCCAUAUCCAGACUCCAGGAAAAACCGAUGUAAAGCAUUUGAGAGGGUAAAUUAUAUUACCCAUGACAUCUGGAUAAACAUUCUCCAAUUAUUGAUCAUUAUUGGUCAUAAAUUGAUCCUAUAUCGAAGCCACUGGCCGCUUGUAUCAAGUAAGACGCCGAAAACUUUGUGGUAACAUCAUAAAACAAAAAAUAGCAAUUAAAACGCAAAAUUUAGAGUAAUGAAAAAAGGGCCGGGCCGGGCCGGGCCUUAAGACCCCUCAGGGCCGGGCCGGGCCGGGCCGAAGGUGCCUCGGGGCCGGGCCGGGCCGGGCUUUGAAAAUUUUGAAAAGGGCCGGGCCGGGCCCAACUUCUAGGGGGCCGGGCCGGGGGCCCGAAGGGUCCCCGGCCCGGCCCGUUUUGCCAUGUCUGACUUUUUUGAGGGUUGCACUGUGCGAAAAUGGGAAAAUGCACUGUGCGUCGGCGACAUGCGUGAGAAAGAGUUGAAGAUGCACUGUGCGAAAACAAAAAAAAGUAAAUGCACGGUGCAAAAAAAAAAGAAGUGAAAUGAUAGCGGUAGUGUAAAAAUAUCUCCAUUCCAGCCUCCUCCCCCGCCCGCCGAGCCCAAACCAGCCUGUAAGCCGGCCGCCCCACCACCGGAGGUUCAGGCGGCCUCCGUUUCCGCAAAGGAGAAGCCCGAGAUCGAGAAGACGCUGGUCGCCACUUUCAGCGAGAAACAAGAGGAGUUGAAGGACGAGACGGCGAUGCCUAGCAAGCGAUCCACCGUCGAGCCCACACAACCGGCGUCCGGGAAGGAGGUGCGGAGCCAUCGAAUAGAACAGACUCAACAGGUCUCGGCCACCGAAUAA